GUAGAGACAUUGACACCAUUGACACCGUUCUUUGAAAACUUUACCAAUGACAUUGAAAAUCAAUAGCUGGGAUGCUUUCAAGUACCACUGGCGCGUCUGGGACUUGAGCGGCUUUCGUGGGCCGCAGAGACAAUCAGUUUGGUAUAUUCCGUAUAAGUUGUACACAAUUGCGAUUACACUAUUGUUUCCGAUCUACUACCCUAUAUGCUUUACUGUGGAAAGUUUCUUAGCAGAUAACCUGAACGAUUUCUGCGAAGUGAUCUAUAUCGCCAUGGCCGACAUGACACUUAACAUCAAGUUCCUCACAUUAUUUAUUGUACGUCGGCAAUUGUUGGAGCUGAGACCGAUACUUAAGCGCCUGGACGCACGUGCGAAAACCGAAGAAGAAAUGAAUGUUCUACAGGAGGGCAUUGAUUCGGCCAAGAAAUGUUUUCUAAUCAUUUUACGACUAUUUUAUAGCGCUUUCGUCACCAGUCAGUUAAUGGUUAUUUUCUCAGCGGAGGCACGUCUCAUGUACCCAGCAUGGUAUCCUUUCGAUUAUCAGGCAUCACGAACCAAGUUCUGGAUCGCGUAUGGUUAUCAAACUAUCGGGUUUUUAGUGCAAUGCACACAAGCAUGCUCGGUAGACACCUAUCCGCAAGCCUAUAUGCGUGUUCUUACCGCCCAUAUUCGGGCGCUAUCGCUACGCAUCGAACGAAUCGGUCGUCAAAAUUUCAGCGGCGUUUCUUCAGAGCUUAUGUGCUCAAAAGAAAAUGAAAUGAAACGGAAUUAUGAAGAGCUCGUGUCAUGCAUCAAGGAUCACAAAACGAUUAUAGAGUUAUUUUCAACUAUACAAAAGCCCAUCUCUGGCACAUCUAUGGCUCAGUUUGUUUGUACUGGCGUAGCCCAAUGCACCAUAGGGGUUUAUAUGCUGUAUGUGGGCUUUAACAUUUCAAUUAUGUUGAAUAUGGCGGUCUUCUUCGUGUCCGUCACAAUGGAAACUCUAAUUCUUUGCUAUUAUGGCGACCUAUUCUGUCAGGAGUGCGAGGAGCUUUCAAAGGCCAUUUACAAUUGCAAUUGGACAGUUCAGAGCAGUGAAUUUAAAAAGGUAUUGUGCUUCUUUCUUUUCCGCUCACAGCGCGUGAACGUCUUAAUGGCGGGCAAUUGGAUACCAGUAAGACUGCCAACAUUUGUAAUGGUCGUGAAAUCUUCUUACUCCAUCUUUACUUUGCUAAGCAGUUUUAAAUAAAGUCUAAAACGUUUACUGGCAUUAAAAAGUGAAACAAUUGGUGGGAGUAAUUUGGAGUUUGUAUAUUUUAUUUGAAUUAUGUUUAUAAAAAUUAUUUCCUUUUAUUCACAUUAUCUGCAUAAACUAUGCCACUAACAUACUAAGCUUAAUGAAUAUAAUAUUUAUUGAUUCCUUUGGGAGAAUAUUCAAUUAGUUACAGACGUACAUAUUUGAUUAAUCGAUUCCAAAUUACUAUAAUAAAAUGACUAGUUCCAUUUCGAUUUACGCAAUGUAA